AUGUCAUUAUCAUCUCCUGAAUCCAUUCAAUCUCCUCUCCAAAGUCCUAGUCCUGUCUUAACUACUGUUCCCCAAAGCUCUGAAAAUAGUAGUACUGAAUUUGAAGAUUAUGAUGAUGUUAAAGUUAAACUGGUUAUAAAAGAUAAAAUUGGUCUUGAAUCACUUCCAUAUCAAAGAACUCAGAUUGUUACUAAAAAGGGUGUUAAUUUUACUUUAAUGAUUGCUGGUACUUGUGGUGUUGGUAAAACUUCUUUCAUUAAUAGUUUAUUAGCUGAUGAACUUUUAGAUUCUUAUCAAAUAAAUAAGGAUGGUUUACAAAUUCAACGUUAUAAAUUAUGGGAAAAUGAUUUUGAACUUCGAUUAACAACUAUUGAAACUUCUGGUUAUGGUAAUAAAAUUGAUAAUGAUUCUCAAUGGGUUCCACUUUGUGAAUUUGUUGAUGAACAAUUUAGAACUUAUUUAUAUCAACUGGAACAACCUUUUAGAAAUGAUUUGGAUGAUACAAGAGUUCAUUGUUGUUUAUAUAUUAUAUCUCCAAAUAAUGAUAUUCUUUCUCCAUUAGAUAUUAAGACUAUGAAAGAAUUAUCAAAAAGAGUUAAUUUGAUUCCAUUAAUUGGUAAAGGUGAUACAUUAACCAGAGAUGAAUUAUAUUUUUUUAAACAACAUAUUAAAGAAAAUUUAACUUUUCAUGAUAUUAAAGUUUGUGAUUUAAUUCAAGAUGUUGAUUUUAUGGAAGCAAUAGCUUCUUAUAUUCCAUUUUCAAUAAUUUCAUCAAAUGAAGAAAUUUAUAAACCUGAUGGAUCAAUAGUUAGAGGUAGAAUUUAUCCUUGGGGAAUUUCUGAAAUUGAAAAUCCAAUUCAUUGUAAUUUUGCUAAAUUAAGAGAUUUAAUUAUGGAUGAAAAUAUGCUUGAUCUUAUUUUAUCAACUGAACAACAUUAUGAAAAUUAUCGUGAACAUUGUUUAUUAGAAAGAUUUAAACAAUCAAAAGAUAAUUAUCCUAUUUACGGUAAUAAUAAUGAUGAUGAUGGUAUGCUGGAAUAUAUUACUUAUAAUAAAAUUAAUUUAGAAAAUUUAGAAUCAAAAUUAAAACAGAAUGAUCUUGUUCUUGAACAUAAAGAAGCAGUUGCUAAAAAGAAAUUUCAAGAAUUAAUAUCUGAUCAAGAAAAGCAUUUUAAAGAUUGGAAAAAGGAAUUAGUUGAUGAACAAAAUCGUUUAAAUGAAGAUAUUCAAAGAGAUCAUUUAAAAUAUAGUAAAUUAAAACAAGAAUUAGAAGCUUUAAGUUUUCAAGAUAUUGAAAGUGGUGGUGGUGGUGGUGGUCAACCUCAAUUAUCAUCCCAAGAUCGAGGAUUAAUUUUACAAAGUUUAUUUGAUGAAACUGAAUAA